ACGGAUGAGUCAAAUGAAAGGAAUUUCAAAGGUUUCUCUGCACAGUUUUAUUCCAUUUCACCGAAUGGCGCUACACCUACAAGUAUCGAUGAACGAGAUACUGGGAAGAACAAAAAGACGGUACCACCUGAACAGGAUGGCCCCGAAAAAGGUAAUCAGAUUCUCAUCGAUCGUAAUGCUCUUGAUCUUUGUCUAUUAAAGAGAGAUAAUAAGAGAAGGUAAGACCUGACAGUAACAAUUGUCUCCCGGAACUAAUUGGAGAUACGUUAAGGAUCAAAUUGUAAUUUGGGUUGAGUUUUGGGGAGGGAGGAAAACCUGGAUGCUUACCGUUUGUACAAACCGCUCGGGUGGAAGUCUUUCGCAAUGCUACAUUACAGGGAUUUUUAAAAACCGUCGGGUUAAUGAACAGAGGAAAUCCCUGUGUUGAGACCCUUUACUGCCGAGGCGAGUGCAAUGCACUCAUAUAAGCGCCAGCUCCUCACAGUACAUGUGGUAACUGUUGGCUGGGACUGUAAAAUAGUCUCGUGCAAUGCGGUAUAUGAAGUUGUGGAUCGCCUAAAUUACUAGGGCUGCCGCUACCCGGGUGAUAUGGCUCUGCGCAUGCGUAAGGUACUGGCCAUACCGCGGAGUUGUGUAGUGUGACCAUUGCUUUCAGAUGAUUUAUUAUGUGCGUUUUGUUUGUCUUAGGUGGCAGCAGCACUAUAAUGAUCGUUGUCGUGUGUAGUCUUGGUGGAGUUGCAAUAAUCGGCAUAAUUUUAGUCUGCAUUUAUAUGAAGACGAGAAAACAAGCCCAAGCAAAUCCCGCACCAAGAGGACAUCCCAGUGCUUCUUUCCAAAGGACUCAGGAACCCUCACGACCCCCACCUCCCUACUCAUCAGUGGUUUCUAACGCACCCCCUUCUUACUCAUCAACGGCCUCCCUAGGGUAA